AUGCUCAAGCCGUCUACUCGUACGCUUUGGGGCUGGCCGCUCUCUCGGCUUUCCCCUCGUCGCCUGCCCGCGCUGUUAAUCUUGCUGUCUCUUUUUGCGCUCCUCCUGAUUGGUAGCCUGACAUGGGCUGUUCCAGCCUCACCGGGCCUUUCUGCAUACGAGCACAACAUCUCUCGCCCUCGCCCUCGCCCUAGUGACGCGCCUCCCAAGGAACCUGAAGUCUCCCACCCAUCACAAUCGCCACAGUCACCAACGCAUCAAGAGAGCAGCGAAUACAAUGGCUCGUAUUGGUUGGCCGACGAGAGAGGGCUCUCGACUCCCUAUUCUAGCGCCAUCACGCUUGAUAAUGAGCGGGUACUGCUCCCUCCGCUAAAGGCCCGACGGCCAAUUUAUUGUUACUAUGAUAAGACUAUAAAGAAAACAAAAGACGAAAGAGAUGCCGAGAAAGAGCUGCUACUGACAUGGCGCCGUGCUUGGUGGGCGCAAGGGUUCCGUCCCGUUAUCUUGGGUCCUGCUGAGGCCAAAAGCAAUCCCAUUUACGAGCAAGUGCGGAAAAUGGCAGCAUCAUCUGAGCUGAGAGAAGAUCUCAUGAAAUGGCUCGCUUGGGACACUGUCAAUGGAGGCAUCUUGUCGGAAUUCACUGUCCUCCCCACGGUUCCACGACAGGAUCCACUGCUACUGCUCCUACGACAAGGAGAAUAUGCCAACUUGACGAAAUGGGCGGAUUUGGACGACGCAUUUCUCAUUGGACAAGAAACCGACGUUCGAUUGGCAAUCCAGUCCAUUCUGCUGAAAGAAGGUAUAGACAAAGUGACAAGCGUCACUGCGGCUCUUUCAGAUGAUGCCAUCACAGUAGACAAGACAAAAACACCACUUGCUUACUACAGCUCCAAGGCCAUUGACAACAAGUAUGCCCAAAUCAUCAGCAAAGGAAACAGGGCGGAAACUCUCCGCAAUCUGAACAAGCUCAUCAACUAUCACCUUCUAGUUGCCUGGCAGAAUACCUUUCCCGAUGGCAUUGAAGUUGUCAAGCCACACCCUCAGCAUGCGACAGCUAUGCUGGCCGCGUCUCCCAUGGCUGUUUCUACCCCUUCUCGCCUUCGCAAGUCUCCUCAGAUUUUUACAAUCGGCGUUGUCCCGCACCCUUGGUCCUUUGCAUUGGUAGAUAAUCUUCGGGAGUCUAUCAACGUCACCUGGAUCCUAGAUUCGCCUCGGGAUUCGUGGCUGAGUACCGUCACCCUAGCGUAUCUUGGUUCUGGAGUGUCUUCGAAUCGCAGAGUUGUGCGGUUUAAAGAGCUUGUGGCUGACGAGGCUGACUCUAUUCACUCCCUGUGGCUUUCGGCAGAGAAUGGAGUUCCCAGUGAUAUGGACUGGUACUUUGGAUUUACGUUGCCUGAAAAGUCCAUGAAUGAUGGGAAAUCUCGGAGUCCCGUUCCCGCUGAUCGCUUGCCGAAAGAAGAUGAGGAGCCAGACGUGCUCAAUGGACCUGUUGCUUCGGACGAAGAGGUUGCCCGUGAGCGAGCUAUACUUGACAGAGCCAAGAGUGUCAUCAUGAUGAACAACAAGUCAUUGAAUAACGGGACCAAAGUAAGAGCCUCGCUCGAGGCCUGGAAUAUGGCCGACACAGAGGCAUGGCGGUUUACAAGAGCCUUCAACGCACGACGCUUCUUGGAGCGUGAAGAGUGGCAGAAGGAGACAUUGUCAACGUCCGGAAUCGAAAGCAGUCUCAGAGCCCAUAACUGA